AUGGGACAGGAACCGCGCACGCUGCCGCCCUCCCCUAACUGGUACUGCUCCCGAUGCAGCGAUGCCGUGCCCGGGGGCCUCUUCGGCUUCGCGGCGCGGACCUCUGUCUUCCUUGUCCGCGUGGGCCCGGGAGCGGACGUGAUCCCAGGGACGUCUCCAUUUCGAGUCAUAGGGGAGUUGGUGGGACACACCGAAAGGGUGUCUGGCUUCACGUUUUGUCAUCACCCGGGUCAAUACAACCUCUGCGCCACCAGCUCUGAUGACGGGACUGUGAAAAUCUGGGAUGUAGAGACAAAAACAGUUGUGACGGAACAUGCGCUCCAUCAGCAUACAAUAUCAGCAUUGCAUUGGUCUCCUCUAGUAAAGGAUUUACUGGUAUCUGGAGAUGAAAAAGGAGUAGUUUUCUGUUACUGGCUUAACAGAAAUGACAGCCAGCACCUCUUUAUAGAACCCAGGACAAUUUUCUGUCUUACUUGCUCACCUCAUCAUGAAGAUUUAGUAGCCAUUGGCUACAAGGAUGGCAUAGUGGUUAUAAUUGACAUCAGCAAGAAAGGAGAAGUUAUACACAGGCUUCGAGGCCACGAUGAUGAGAUCCAUUCCAUAGCCUGGUGCCCCCUGCCUGGUGAAGAUUGUUUAUUCAUAAAUCAAGAGGAAAAUUCAGAAGAACUUGAAAUCCCCAAUGGGAAAGUUAUAGCACAAACUCCAGUAAAAAAAGGCUGCUACUUAGCCACUGGAAGCAAAGAUCAGACCAUUCGUAUCUGGAGCUGCUCUAGAGGCCGAGUGGUGACGACUUUGAAAUUGCCCUUUCUGAAGAGAAGAGGAGGGGGUAUAGACCCAACUGUUAAAGAGCGCCUUUGGUUGACACUCCAUUGGCCCAAGGGUCAGCCAACACAGCUGGUAUCCAGCUGUUUUGGAGGCGAACUGCUACUAUGGGAUCUCACCCAGUCUUGGAGACGGAAAUAUACCCUCUUUAGUGCUUCAUCAGAAGGGCAGAAUCAUUCAAGAAUUGUGUUUAAUUUAUGUCCUCUACAAACUGAAGAUGACAAACAGCUGCUGCUUUCCACAUCAAUGGACAGAGAUGUAAAAUGUUGGGACAUGGCCACCCUGGAGUGCUGCUGGACCCUGCCUUCCCUUGGUGGGUUUGCCUACAGUCUGGCUUUCUCUCCUGUAGACACAGGCUGUUUGGCGAUAGGCGCUGGUGAUGGCAUGAUCCGUAUAUGGAAUACAUUCUCCAUAAAGAACAACUAUGAUGUGAAAAUUUUUUGGCAGGGUGUCAAGUCCAAGGUUACAGCGCUCUGCUGGCACCCAACCAAGGAAGGCUGCUUAGCUUUUGGAACUGAUGAUGGAAAAGUGGGAUUGUACGACACCUACUCCAACAAGCCUCCACAGAUUUCUAGCACAUAUCACAAGAAGACUGUAUACUCAUUAGCCUGGGGGCCACCGGUACCCUCCAUGGCACCCGGAGGAGAAGGGGACAGACCUUCCCUCACUUUAUACAGCUGUGGAGGGGAAGGGAUUGUCUUACAACACAACCCCUGGAAGCUUAGUGGAGAGGCCUUUGACAUCAACAAACUCAUCAGGGACACCAAUUCAAUCAAAUACAAAUUGCCUGUACACACAGAGAUCAGCUGGAAAGCAGAUGGCAAAAUCAUGGCUCUUGGCAAUGAAGAUGGAUCAAUAGAAAUAUUCAAGGUUCCUAACUUGAAACUGAUCUGCACCAUCCAGCAGCAUCACAAGCUUGUGAAUACUAUUAGCUGGCAUCAUGAGUAUGGCAGCCGGCCAGAGCUGAGCUAUCUGAUGGCCUCUGGGUCCAACAAUGCAGUCAUUUAUGUGCACAACCUGCAGACUGUCAUAGAGAGCAAUCCUGAAUCUCCAGUGACCAUUACAGAGCCCUACCGGACCCUCUCAGGGCACACAGCCAAGAUUACCAGUCUGGCAUGGAGCCCACAUCAUGACGGAAGGCUGAUAUCUGCUUCCUAUGAUGGUACAGCUCAGGUGUGGGAUACUCUCCAGGAAGAGCCUCUAUGCAAUUUCCGAGGACAUCGAGGUCGACUGCUUUGCAUCGCAUGGUCCCCGUUGGAUCCAGACUGCAUCUACUCAGGGGCAGAUGACUUCUGUGUGUACAAAUGGCUCACUUCCAUGCAAGAACAUUCCCGACCUCCUCAAGGCAAGAAAAAUAUUGAAUUAGAGAAAAAAAGGCUCUCUCAACCUAAGCCAAAGCCCAAAAAGAAGAAAAAGCCCAUCUUGAGAGUGCCUGUAAAGCAGGAAUUGUGUGACGGGAAUGAAGAAGAGAGUGUAAAGGAGAGCUCGGGCCCUGUUGAGAAUGGAGUGUCAGACCAGGAGACUGAGGAGGAAGCCCGGGAGCCAGAGCUACCCUGUGGUGUCACCUCGGCAGUCUCUAAAGAACCAGUUAUCUGCACUCCAGCAUCCUUAGGCUUUGAAAAGUCAAAAGUCACCAUUAAUAACAAAGUCACUUUACUGAAAAAGGAGGCACCUAAAGAAAAGUCAGAAGCCUUAAUCAAGAAGCGAAAAGCUCGUUCCAUGCUUCCACUGAGUACAAGUCUGGACCACAGAUCCAAAGAGGAGCUUCAUCAGGACUGUUUGGUAUUAGCCACUGCAAAACACUCCAGAGCAGAGCCAAAGGAGGAUGUGUCUGCUGAUCUUGAGGAAAGACUUCACCUGGGGCUUUUCACAGACAGGGCUACCCUGUACAGAAUGAUUGAGGUUGAAGGAAAAGGUCACUUGGAAAAUGGCCACCCUGAAUUAUUUCACCAGCUCAUGCUUUGGAAAGGAGACCUAAAAGGUGUUCUGCAGACUGCAGCAGAAAGAGGGGAGCUGACAGACAAUCUUGUGGCUAUGGCACCAGUCGCCGGUUACCACGUGUGGGUAUGGGCCGUGGAAGCUUUUGCCAAACAACUGUGUUUUCAGGACCAGUAUGUCAAGGCUGCCUCUCACCUACUUUCUAUCCACAAAGUGUAUGAAGCUGUGGAGCUGCUCAAGUCAAACCAUUUCUACAGGGAGGCUAUUGCAAUUGCCAAGGCCCGGCUGCGCCCAGAGGACCCGAUCCUGAAAGACCUGUACCUCAGCUGGGGAGCCAUCCUAGAAAAAGACGGCCAUUAUGCCUUAGCAGCCAAAUGCUAUUUAGGAGCCACUUCAGCUUAUGAUGCAGCCAAAGUUUUGGCCAAAAAGGGGGAUGUGACAUCACUUAGAACGGCUGCAGAGUUGGCUUCCAUCGUAGGAGAGAAUGAGUUGUCUGCUACCCUGGCUCUCAGAUGUGCCCAAGAACUGCUUCUGGCCAGGAACUGGGUGGGAGCCCAGGAAGCCCUGCAGCUCCACGAAAGUCUAAAGGGUCAGAGAUUGGUGUUUUGCCUUCUUGAGCUACUGUCCAGGCACCUGGAGGAAAAGCAGCUUUCAGAGGGCAAAAGCUCCUCCUCUUCUUACAAUGCGUGGCCCGCAGGCAGCGAGAGGCCCUUUGUGGAGAGGGUGACGGCAGUAUGGAAAAGCGCCUUCAGCCUCAACUCCCCAGAGCAGUCCCAGGCAGCAUUUCAGCAGCUGCAAGAUAUCAAGUACCCAUCUGCUACAAGUAACACUCCCUCCAAACAGCUCCUGCUUCACAUUUGCCAUGACCUGACCUUGGCAGUGCUAAGCCAGCAGGUGGCCUCCUGGGACGCAGCUGUGGAAGGACUGCUUCGGGCUGUGAUCCGGAGCUACAACUCAGGAAACUUCACCAUCAUGCAGGAAGUGCACUCAGCCUUUCUUCCAGAGGGCUGUGACCACCUAAGAGACAAACUGGGUGACCAUCAGUCCCCCACCACACCAGCUUUCAAAAGUUUGGAGGCCUUUUUUAUUUAUGGACGUCUGUAUGAAUUCUGGUGGUCUCUCUCCGGGCCUUGCCCCGAAUCCAGCGUCUGGGUAAGGGCUGCUCACAGAAGGACAACCUCUGUUGAGCAGAGCCAACAGCUUGACAAUGUCAGCCCUGAAGAAACUGACCCCAAAGCUUCCCAGCCAGAGCCAAGCAGGACUCUAGAACUAGACGUGAGACUCACAGAAGAAGGUGAGCAAAUGCUGAACGCUUGUAAGGAGCUCUUUUCAGAAGAGCACGCUGGUCUCCAAAAUGCACAGAGAACCAUUGCUGAAGUCCAAGAGACUUUGGCAGAAAUGAUCCGCCUACACCAGAAGAGUCAGCUUUGUAAAUCCACAGCAAAUGGCCCUGAUAAGAAUGAACCUGAACAGGAAGCAGAACAGUCCCUCUCUAGUCCCCAGAACCAGUGUAAAGAAGAAAAAAAUGAACCAGUUUCUUUGCCUGAAUUAACCAAAAGGAUUACAGAGGCCAAUGAGAGAAUAGCUAAGUUUCCCGAGAGUAUUAAGACCUGGCCCUUCCCAGAUGUGCUGGAGUGCUGCCUCAUCCUGCUUCACAUCGGGUCCCAAUAUUCUGGCUUCGUGACCCAGGAAAUGCAGCAACAGGCUCAAGAGCUCCUUCAGAAAUACGGCAGCACUAAAGUUUACAAACGACACUACCAGACCCUCUGCACGUGAACUUUCAAGGACCUCUAAGAAACUGUGCCAAAUUCAAAACAUCCAACACCUUUCACCUCUGCAUUUACACCUCGCCAGACAUUCACUUUGAUCCCUGUAUGUUUCUGCAGUGAUCCAGAUAAUACAAAUGAGAGUCAAGUUUCAAUCAACUCUACACUUAAACACAAUGAAAUCUGACUUUGGACUCAAUUGUGGUUUCCUACUGGAAGAAAGAUCAUGAAAAGCCAGCAGUAGUUACUCAGAACUAACACCUACAAAGUGAUUGUUCAUAAUCUCUAAAGCCUUAUGCAGGUUUCGUCCAAAGAGGAGAAACUAUUUUAAUCACCCAAAGUGUUACAUUCUUAAACACAAGCUACCUUUAUAAAUGCUUUGCCUGAUCAUAAACAUGUACACUCUUGUUUGAGGGUAGAGAUUAUGUCUUCCCUUUACUAUUUUACCCCUAGCACUCACUAAAGAGUGUCUAGUAUCUAAUAGGCACAUAAUGGAAACUUUCAGCUGAAUAAGUUGGGAAACAGAAAGAAUGCUCAUCAAUAGCUUAGACUUAAAGAACUCUAAACUGAGGUCAUUGAUACCAGCACUGGCUGACAACUAAGGCUUGUGAUUGGUAGUUGACCUUACUGCGUUAGCAGAACACAGGAAUUCAAGAACAUCUGGCAGUACAAUAGCACCCCCGUCAGCCACGAUUUCACUUUCCACAGUUUCAGUUACCCCCAGUCAAUAGCACUCCAAAAAUAUUAAAUGGGGAAUUCCAGAAAUAGACAACUUAUCAGUUUUAAACUGUGGCCAUUCUGAGUAGCAUGAUGAAAUCUCACGGCGGUCCCACUCCGUCCUACCCAGCACAUGACUCAUCCCUUUGUCCAGCAUACCCAUGCUGUAUAUACUACUUGCCCAUUAGUAUAGGAAAACCACAAAGCAUACAUUACAGGGCUCAGUACUACCCAUGGUUUCAGGCCUCUACUGUGGGUCUUGAAACAUAACCCCCGCAGAUAAGGGGAGACUACUGUAUAUGGAGGGGCUGAAUUACACCCAUAGUUUGUAUUCUCUUGGUUACUCUUCAGGACCAUCCCUUUCUGAGGAUGACCACUAACACAGCCCUACAUACACUCAUAUAUAUACACAAGGCAAAGUUCUUUACAGUUCUACUACACUUGCGCCCCUUUCUUUAGCACCACUUUAAUAAGCUGUUUCUUAUCUCUCCCAUGCAAUGAGCACACCCCCUACUCACACUCAGUUCCUCAACCCUUCAUCUCAACAUUUCUCCUGACAUGUCAGUAAGCCUGUUGUCAACUGUGGCAAAAAUAAACAGCUAUUUUAAAUCCAAA